GUGUUAACUGACCUUGAGUUUUCUCAUUAUUUAUGCUUCACUAUCGUCGUUGUUGUAUACAGGUCGAGAAGAUCUGUCGCCCCCGAGCAGUCUGAACGGUUACAGUGCGGACAGCUGCGAUGGGAAGAAGAAGAAAGGGCCCGCCACCAGGCAACAGGAAGAAUUGUGUCUGGUGUGUGGCGAUAGAGCCUCGGGAUACCACUAUAAUGCUCUUACGUGCGAAGGUUGUAAAGGUUUUUUCCGACGUAGCAUCACGAAAAACGCCGUCUACCAAUGCAAGUACGGCAACAAUUGCGAGAUCGACAUGUACAUGCGACGCAAAUGCCAAGAGUGUCGGUUGAAAAAAUGUCUGACAGUCGGGAUGCGACCCGAAUGCGUCGUGCCGGAAGUCCAGUGCGCCGUGAAACGGAAAGAGAAGAAAAUGCAGAAGGAGAGAGACAGGCCGAACAGUACGACGGGAGGAGGUGGUACCUCGCCGGAAACGAUAAAAUUAGAACCGGAGACGCUGUUCUUCCAGCUGUCCGAUUCGGAGAAAAUGGUGUCGCCGAACGGCGUCAAGCCCAUCUCACCCGAGCAAGAGGAGCUCAUACAUCGGCUCGUCUAUUUCCAGAACGAGUACGAGCACCCAUCCGAAGAUGACGUCAAACGGAUCAUUAACCAACCUAUGGAAGGUGAAGACCAGUGCGAUAUCAGAUUUAGGCAUAUUACUGAAAUCACCAUUCUGACUGUGCAGUUGAUUGUGGAGUUUGCUAAGCGGUUACCAGGCUUCGAUAAGCUGUUGAGGGAGGACCAAAUCGCAUUAUUAAAGGCGUGUUCUAGCGAAGUGAUGAUGUUCCGUAUGGCGCGUAGGUACGACGUGAACUCCGACAGUAUCCUUUUCGUCAACAACCAGCCGUACUCGAGAGACAGCUACAAUUUGGCAGGAAUGGGCGACACGAUUGAUGAUCUGCUUCAUUUUUGUCGGACCAUGUACAGCAUGAAGGUCGAUAACGCGGAAUACGCCUUGCUCACGGCGAUCGUCAUCUUCUCAGAACGACCCGCGUUGAUAGAAGGCUGGAAAGUGGAGAAGAUCCAAGAGAUCUACCUGGAAGCGCUGCGCGCGUACGUCGACAACCGACGGAAACCGAAACCGGGAACGGUGUUCGCGAAACUGCUCAGCGUCCUCACCGAAUUGCGGACGCUCGGCAACCAGAACAGCGAAAUGUGCUUCAGCUUGAAGCUGAAAAACAAAAAGCUGCCGCCGUUCCUAGCUGAAAUCUGGGACGUGGACGUCAAGACAUAGUAGGCCGAGGAAACAGUCGAGUGUUAAUGAGCGUGACGCGCGCGGAGGCGUGGCGAAGUUCGACCACGCCCAUUUAAGGAGGAGCUUCGAGGUUAGGGCGGAGCUCGGAAUCGUGCGGAGGAGGUACAGUGCGUUGAAUGGGGUGUUAGAGGUGGAAUCAUAACCUUAGACGGAAUUUAGGGUUAUUCUAGUGAAUUCGUUAUUGAGAUCAAAAAGUAUACAGGCUAAAGUUAUGUAUGGGAUGGCACAUGAAGGAUAAAGUGCAGUUCCAUACAUAGCCUUAUUCUGUGAACAUCCAUAAUUGUCUCGAAAUAGAGUAAGAAUGAUUUGUUUUCUUUCAGUUAAGAAAUUAUUUUUUUCUUUGUCCGGAUAUGGAAUAUUUUUUACCUCGUCCAGAUUCCGAGAAUGCCCUAGAGCUACGCCGAUGCGCGCAAGGCGGUGGUGUCACGUGAUCUUUGGGAACGCUGAAAGGACGUUAUGUAUCGCGAACCACCGAAGUUUGGCUGUGAAUUUAAUUUUUUUAAGUACGUUUCUUUAGGUUUUAAAAACUAACUCGACGGCACCUAUAGUAUAUAUCUGUCAACGGUCACUGAAAAUUGAAAUUGUCACUCGAAAAAUUUCUAAAUUGGGUUGAGUGGCGUUUUUGGUAAAACUAUGGGAAAUGCGGGAUAUAAAACUGAUAUUUAUUUCAAAUGUAUAAUUUUUACACCGAAUUGUUAUUGUUGGAUAUAUUUGUUGCAAUUUUUCUUUAUGUUUUUAUAUUUUCCGUGUGUAGCAUAUUUUUUUGAUCAAUUGAAAAUGUACCAAAAGCGCCGCAAAACAAAUUGUUUUCGAGUUUCGAUUCAAACCUUACCGUUGGCAUAAUAAAGAUUGAUAAAAGUGACCCGCUUAUUUUUAAAUAGUGAAUUGUUGUUAUGAGAUAGUAGUGGCUGUAUCGUUUUUUUCUAAUAUCUUUUUAUUCCCUCUCUUUUUUACAUAGUAGCUGUAGAAACUGUGGCAAAUGUCGAAACUAAUAUUGCGAAAAAUUGCGUCUUAAAAAAUUAUUUGAACCAUCAAACAAAAAAUAAACUAAAUAUCAGCCGGAAGGUUAAAAUAAUAUUUUUCAAAAAAUAUGCUUUGGCUCUGUAAAAUUUUGUGAUGAUGUUUUUCGAAAUCCUAGUUUCGACCGUUCACAAUUUCUCGAUCUCUGAGAUUUUCAGAAGUAACGCAUAGAUUUAUCUUUUUUUUUAUAAUUAUCUACUGUAUUCCUUUUUUUAUUUCGUAUUUUGAGACUCGCUUGUAUACUUAAUUUUUAAGACUGGACAGGACUGACACAUUUAAAAAUUCAAAGGUGCCUUCACACGAAAUACAAAAAAAAAAUAAACGAGGAUCACACAUAGUCUGAGAAGGUGCAAAGGAUGAUAUGAAAAAAUGGCGAACAAAAAUCGGUGGAAAUGGAUUGAAAUGAUUUAUAGCAAAAAUGAUGUUUUUUGUUGUUGGAAUGUAUCUUAAAUCGUUAAUGGCUAAACAUAUUUUGCAGGUAUUUUAAGAACUUUUUUUUGAUCCAAAAAAACCAUCAAAAAUAUCUGGAGCUUAAAAAGAACCCUUUGUAAUUUGUUAAGAAUACUCAUAUUUAUUUAAAGAGGAAUCCAACAAAAGUGAUUAUGAAAAUUUUUUUUUCGUUUUCUUUUCCACCAUUUUUGUCCUAGGAAAAUUGGGAACAGACUCAACAGGGAUCGCAGCAAAAAAAAGUGCAAUUUUUUAGUUCGUGUACGAUAAAUUUUUUACAGAGCAAGGUUACGGUUCGAUUAUGCUUCGUAUGAAAAAAAAAAUGUAGGAAAAUGGCAGAAAUCCAAAAAAUGUAGCCGUCCGCAGGUCAAGUGAAGAAAAGUGAUGGUAAUUUUGAUCCAAAACAGUGCUUGUAUGAUAUCUCGCAAAUAAUAUUUUUUCCACUCACGCACGGCGCGCAUACGAGGCGCGUCCCAAAAGUACCCAUACUGCUCAAAAUGUCCCGACUAAAUUUUUCAACUUUUUACAGUUGAUCGCACAGAAAGUUCCAAAUCAUGUACCGUUCUUUUCAAUUCUCUGAAAACUAACCGAAGCUGAAAUUCUCCAGACUGGGAACUUUUGGACCGCACCUUGUACGUCAAAAAUCGUGCUAUCGAGCAAACAUACGUAUUAAAAAUCUCCCUAAGGACUAUCCUGCCUUUAAGAAAAAACUAUCGAUGUUUAACCUUUUCAAUGUGUAGUUUGUAGAGAUCGUUCAUUUUUUAUACGGUAUAGUUUGCCAUUAUCUUUCAGCUAGAUAUAUAACACCCGGCUCAACUGGUUUGCUAGAAUCCGGAAUGAUCAAUCAAAGAAAUGUCAGAACAAUACGCGUUUUCGAUGUUUCCCCACUUUAGGGAAUUUUCGAAGAUGUGGCAAAGCGACGUUGUCAUAAUUUUCCCUAAGUCGGGGAAAUUUCUUGAAAUUUGUCAUGCAGCCCAUAAGUUUACAAUUUUAAUGAUUUUUCAUCGAUUUCUGAGUGCACAGUUGCCUUAAAAUGAAGUUGUUUCGGAUAUUAGUGGCUAGUUAGUCAAAAUGUACCUAAGAGCAUAAAAAAUACAUACAUGAUAUAUACCAUUUUUUGAGGUAGAUUUUUGACGAAAGAAAAGGUACACAAGAACGCUCAAAAUCACAAGAAAACAGGGAAAUAUAGAGGCAGAUUUUUAGGUAGAUCUUUUGUUGAAAUUCUACCGAAAAAAAGACUAUACAUAUUUUUCAUCGUUGUAUAUAAAGCAUAUUUUCAUAAGACGAGACAGAUGUAUUUUUUUCCAGACGCAUGUUACAGAAUCGUUUUUGCGCCAUCUAAAUGCCUUAAAUGCAAUAACUCCGCCAUUUUCCAAAUAUAAAUCCCACUUCUGAUGUUACACGAUAACGAAAUUUAAUUUAUAAAACUAGCAGUUUUUGGGUAGAUAUUUUUAGUUGCAUUUAUAAAAGUCAAAGAUUUGUUUGGGAUUUUUUUAGGAACUCAAAAAAACUUAGUUUUUGAUGGAGGGUUUUAUUUUGAAAAUGGUGAUGUAGGAUUACGAAACACAUAUUUGUUUACUCAGGAGUCAACCCAAAUACCUUCUUUCAUCAGGUAAAGUGAAGGAAUGUAAAAGUAAAACGCAAAGAAGAAAUAUAUCGGCAAUAUUAUAAAUGUUAUAUAGUAGGACUGUUGCCAGCUGUUACAAAUUGAGAAAAAGUUUUUCGAGAUUGUGAUUCUAAUACUUCAAAUGGCCUUUUGAUGUAGAAUGUUGUUUGUACAUUGAAGAAAAAAGUAAACUAUAGUUUGUUCUGAUGCAGAGGAAAAAAGAGUAACAGAUUUUAUAUUAUAUAUAACUCUAUGGCCAAGCGUAUACGGACGUUAACAAUCUUGGUAAAUAAACGUAUAAAUGUUGCUUUCAUUAUGGGUAAUUCUUUUACAGGUACUUUUUUCAAAAGUAUAAAAAUCGAAGAUGUUUAUACGGAAACCAGAGUAAGCUUUUGGUGCACGAAAUCCGAAUCCGUCGUCCAAUCUAUUAAUUGCGUCUAGUUUCUGAGAUUUUCUGACCUAAAUGUGCAAAAAUAGCAAGUUUUGCAUAUAUUUGAGGUUGUGUAGCAUGUCGAAUUAUUUUUGUUUCAAAAAACCAUGAAUCACAUCUUCUAGUACAACCUUUGUCCUUUCAAUUGCCGUUGACUUUGCUUGAAUAUCUUUUUAUUUUGCCGAGAUAAUGGCACUUUAAAAUUUUCUCAUCUACAUCGGUUUAGAAAAAGUAUUUUUUUAAGUGUAAUCGGAAAUACGAUCAUUGGAUCGACCUUGAGAAAGUAGGAUAUGUUGGCCUUUGGUUCGUGUAUCUUUUAGAUAUGUUAUGGACUUAGUGUUGAGGGUUCAUGGAUUUUUCAGUUGGCAUUUUAUAAAAAUAUAUUUUUACUAAGUUUAUGGUGUAUUAUAAACCAAACCACAAAUUUGAUGUACGCGUAAUCAUAACGUGUACAGUAUUAAGUAUGUAUAGUGAAAUUCAGAAAAAUGCAAGGGCAAGCCGUGUACUUUGAGUUGAGGCCUAUGGUUUUUUGGAGAAACAAUAAUUCGUCAUGCUACAUAACCUCAAAUAUAGGCAAAACUCACUUUUUUUGCACCUUUAGGUUAGGAUAUCUCGGACACCAGAGCCAAUAGAUAAAUUUAGACUUCGGAUUCGGUGCAUCAAAAACCUGGAAAGUAUGGUUUACAACUAUUCUAAAAACUUUCUAUGAAUUUUAUUGUUUGCAGUUUUUCAUAGCGUCCGUACCGGAGCACUGUUCCUCGAUAAGGUGCGUCACUAUUUUCGAAAAAUACGUAGAUUCCGUUCAAAUCCCGGAACAUGUGCAUUGGCCUUGAAGCUCUAUAUUCACACUUGUACAAAUGUUGAUGGUACAAAACGCUUCAGGUUGACAAAACAAAUGUAAACUUGUAAAAAAAAAUACUCGGUUGACUCCUUUUCACUGCCAGCAGUGACUCUGUCUCUCUGUCUGUCAUGAUCUUUGUAGUGAUUCCAUUCUGUGUAAAUCUCACUAACAACAGUACAUCUGUGGACAGUUGCCUUUAGAUUUUCGAUUUUUUAUCGUUGGUACCCCAGAAUUUCGUUAGCAAUUUAUACGCAAAAAAUAGCAGGUUUCAAUUAAAAAUAGAUAAAAAUCAAGGGUUCUUACAAUACGAGCUACGAUUAGAAAAUACGGUUUUUGUUACGAACAGAUUAUUCAGCUUGCAUCAAAUUUACAUUAAUCUCAUUCGAAGUACUCCCGGAUGUGUAUAUCAAAAAUGGGUGCUGUUGCGUCUUCCGAUUUCACUGUUUUUUCUCCUAAAACUUUUAGGGGGUAGUUUGAUAGAUUAUUUAGAAACAAAAAAAGUAUGUAUGAAGCACGCUUUUCAUGAAAAAAUUUUCCCAAAACACUAUUUUUUAGCAGUUAUUUCCACCGCCAUCUAGCAUAUAACCUGACGUCUGUGGAUAUGUCAUAUGUGAGAGGCGCUUGCCUGCGGUGUUGCCGGAUUGGACUCCGUAUUUAGGGAAAAAUAUGAAAAGUUUAUAUUUAUUUAUUUAUUUAUAUGCAUAUUGUAUAUUAAUUAAGGAAUCACAAAAACGAAAAACUGAAACAAACAACAGUAGCAAAGUGAAAGGCGAUUCCUAAUAAGUAUAAAUCAAAAAAUAACAGUAGUAAGCUAAAAAAUGAUAAAUUAUAAAUAAUUAUAAAAAACAAAAAAUAAAAAAAGUAGUGAAACAAAAAUUAAUUCCAUGUAAUUAUAAAAAUCAAAAAAUAACACUCAGCAGUAAAAUAAAAAGUAGUAAAACAAAAAAAACAAUUCCAUGUUGAAUAAAAAGCAAUUCUAAGUGACAACACAAACAAAAAGUAAAAACAGUAGUAAAACGAAGAACAAUUUAAUCCAUCCAA